AUGCUUACCCAGGUAGUUACCCCAAACUUCUACCGCUACAUCUCCACCGAAGCGUGUAAAGUGGUGAAGCCGGUGCGGGAAGCGUCCAAGACCUUGCGCCACAUCCAUUUCCCUACCCGGAGACCGUACACCGAGGGCUUGGAGAUCCAGGAGAAGUUUGUGCGGGCAAAUCUCGACUUCAAGCUCAUGGAAGCAAAGAUCUCGCGACACCAGAAAUCUGUGGCCGAGCAAGGCUACGUGCUAUCGGACUACGAGUCGGAAUUACUUGCUAAGAUCGCGUCCUUGAAGCCUUGUCCCACGGUGCUCACCUUUGAGUUCGAGCCAACGUACACCGGUGGAAAGCGAGAAAAGCAGAACACAACCGCCUCGGAUGUGGCAAAGUAUGAAGCCAAGGGUGCCCAGUACGUGCAGGUGGAACGCGGUGGACAGGUGACGUACCACGGCCCGGGUCAAGUGGUAGCCUACCCCAUCCUUGACUUGAAGUCUUUCUCAAAUCUUUCCCUCAAAUGCUAUGUUUCAAAGCUUGAAAAGGCGAUUCAGGCUGUGUUGUUGAGAGGUAAAAACUAUGCGAGUGGGAGCAGUACCCGUGAGUUUGGCAUCCAGACAAUUACCACCACCGAUACCGGUGUGUGGGCAAAUGAGGAGGAGAAGAUUGCGGCCUUGGGGAUCAAUGCUCGAAGAUCGAUCACGUCUUUCGGGGCUGCCAUAAACGUUGCGACGGAUUUGAGAUACUUGAACGAUGCAGACUUGGUUAUGUGUGGCUUGAGUGACAAGACAACUACCAGCAUGGAGGCCUUGGGCGUUCAGAGUUCAGUGAAAGAUGUGGCCUUCUGUUUUGCCAAGGAGUUGGGAAACAUCUUGGGGGUCGAGAGGGUGGAGCACCUUGACGGUGACGAGUUGAAAGUGGACGGGGAAGAGUAA